AUGGACCAAAUGGAAAUGAAACCACUAAACAGCACAAUGAUCGACGAAACAUCCGAAGAGUCAUCAGUCAACAAUUCGGAAAGUGGACUAGUGACACCUCGGGACACUUGGGGACGGAAAGUCAGUAAACCAAUUGAUAGAUGGUAUUUGGUAUACAUUAUAUUCACAAUGCAUGGAAUGGGAAUGCUCAUGUCAUGGAACAUGUUCAUCACAAUUGCUCCUCAAUACUAUCAUGACUAUUGGUUCAAUAAUACAAAUUAUCAAGAUAGUUUUAUGUCAAUUAUAGGAGUGACUUCUCAAAUUCCAAAUGUUGGAAUUAUGAUUCUGAAUACAAUUGUUGUUAUGGUAGGAUUCAUGAUGCUCCGAGUUGUUAUCCCUUUGAUAGUCAACUGUUUUCUUAUUGCUGUGAUUGUUAUUAUGGCCAUAUUCGUAACCCCAUCACCAAAUACUGUCACUUGGUUUUAUAUCGUAACGCUUGUCAUUAUCAUGGCAAUGAACUUGGCAAAUGGAAUCUACCAGAAUUCAGUAUACGGAAUAGUUGCUGAUUUCCCAGAUAACUAUAUUAACUCUCUGGUUAUUGGAAACAAUUUAUGCGGAGUUUUCACAUCCGUUCUCAGCAUUAUGACCAUUUUGAUCUCUCCAAACGACAUCGAAUUGAAUGCACUUCUCUAUUUCAGUAUUUCUUUAGCAUUCAUGAUUGUUUGUCUAUGCUCUCUUUACUUUUUAGUUCGAUUGCCAUUCUAUCAAUACUACAUGGCAAAAGGGGUGGAAGCAAGAUCCGAAGAUUCAGUGGAUAAUCCAUCCCUGCGACAGUAUUGGGAGUGUUUCAGAAUGUGUUGGGUCCAAUUGUUCAACAACUUUUACGUCUAUUUUGUCUCUCUUCUCAUCUUUCCCGCAAUGAUGACUGACAGUGUCUAUUCGGAUCCCGCUCAUAAUAAGACUUCUGUUUUUGGAGAUAAUCUAUUUUACCCAAUUACUACUUUUCUCAACUUUAAUCUCUUUGCUUGGAUUGGAUCCUCUCUAGCCAACUAUGUUCAAUUUCCAUCUGCCAAAUAUCUCUGGAUAGGAGUUGUACUUCGAACUAUUUUCAUACCAUAUUAUCUUUUCUGUAAUUAUCGUCCAGAUACCCGAUUAUGGCCAGUUUUAUUUGAAAACGAGUGGUGGUUCACGACUGGAUGCACGAUUAUGGCGUUGACUUGUGGUUAUAUGAGCAGCUUAGCAUUGAUUUACACUCCAGUAGAAGUGCCUGCCAGAUAUCAAAAAUUGAGUGGAAUGCUUGCAUCAAUUUUCCUAAUGCUUGGAAUUCUCGCUGGCGUCGCUAGUACUCCAAUUGCAGCUUGGGCUGUAGAAAACAUUGGAACCAAAAAACAUAAAUGA